GAUGAGAGGAAGGUGCAUAAAAUAUAUGUAGGUAUAUACAAUUCAGGUCAACUUUGUUUCUAUUGGAUAUCCAACAUUGAGGCAAAAAUCAUGGUCUCAAUUAAUUUUGUACACAUUUUUGAAGGGAAUUAAAAUAAUAAUUAUUUCUGUACCGUAUUUGAUAUCCAUGGUGCAAAUUGCAUGACUACACUAAAUUUAAAUUUGUUUACAAGUUGUUUUUCGAUUCACGUCCUCAAUUAGAAUAUUUAAUAUUCUUAAUAAUUCAAAAUUCAAAGACACUAAUCAAAUGAAAAAGGUGAAAACAUGAAACGCAUAAUUGGAAUCCCAUUUCCCAAGAAAAGCUCGGAAAAGCCUGAAGGAAGUCAACCCCCAAUUGCACCACCACCUCCACAAGUGUCACCACCUCCACAAGCAUCACCACCCACAAAUUCUCCCGACCAGCAAACCACCCCUACUUCUCAAAAUCCCCCUCUAGCCAAACAACCAGGAGGAUUGUUCAAUCGAUUAUGGAACAAGGCACCUCAGCCUGGACUUUCACAACUUAUCACCUCGACGGACAAUAAAGUUGAGGAUCUGGAGAGAAAAAUUGCCCAAUGUGAAACAGAUUUAAAAAUGGUAUCAAUUCGCCUCCGCAAAGUACAAGAAGGAUCGACCAAAGCAAACUUGAGAGCCAAAGCGCAAGGAAUAAUCCAGAGAAAGAAAAGAUUUGAACAACAAGCAGAAACUUUGAGACAGCAGUCGUUUAACUUUGAGCAGACAAAUAUCACAUUAAAAUCUACAAAGGACGCCGUACAAGCUGUUGUUGCGAUGAAGCAAGGAGUAAAAGAGUUAAAGAAAGCACAGAAAAAAGUCAAUUUGGAAAGUGUGGAGGAUUUGCACGAUGAGCUGGAACAACUUUUUGAGACAUCUGAGGAUGUGCAGGACGUUCUAGCAAGUGACUUGAAUAUGCCGAUAAUUGACGACAAGGAGCUUGAGGAACAAUUGGAACUCUUGGGAGAGGAAUUUGUUGCUGACGGGGAUGCUUCAUACCUCGACGCGGCUCAAGAUGCGUCCUUCUCUCACAGGCGAAACCUAAUGUCAGUCACACCCCCACAUCAGCUCGGUGGCAGAGUCGUUGCAUCAGCCAGAGAUGCAGAAGACCUCAUCUAUCCCGUCAAUCCGAAUCUGAUAAAUCUCCAAGAUCCUUCGUCAGGUGUCAAUGAUAUUCUUUUCGAUCCUUCAAAGUAGGGGGGGACAAAGUGGGUAGUACAUCAAUUUCUUCCCGUUUGGACUAUUUGUAAGCUACAAAAUCAAGUUCAAUAAAUAACACAACUUUCGUAUUUAUAUG